ACAGCCCUUAGAUGUAAACGAUAGCAAAAAUUCCCCAAAUUAGUAACAAUUAGGGCAUAUAGUUCUCAAUCGAUUAGGUUUACUUUAACUGUCCUGAUAGGUAAUUAUCCAUCUCUCUUAGUUCUUAUCGACCGAUUAAUUGAUAAAUUUAUGCUCUGCAGCUUGAAGAAUUACUAAUUGUCGAAAAUUUGAUGGUUCAAUUGAAUGCAACGAUGACAGAAAUGGAUCAACAGAUUACAGAAACUCUGAAGAAGACACAUGAUUUGAGAGCUGAAGCUGAGAAGGCUGGUGCUACUGAUAAUGUACAGAGAUUACUUUCACUUAUGGAGACGUUAAAGGAUCUCGAGAAGGAAGAAGCGGAAGUUGAAUUAAAUUUCAGUGAAGAAUAUUCUAGAUUGCAAUCGGAGGUUAAUGAGUUGGAAGAGAUGAUACAGGGUGAUGAGCAUGGAGGAAGUUCUGACCAGGGUGUCGAUCGUUUGUUGGCUAAUGCUGUUGACAGAUUGAAUUUAGCGAAACAGGCCCUCGCCUCGAAACUAAGGGAUAUUACAUCAUUAAAGCGCCAGCGUGAUGACAUUCCCACACAAGCAGAACUCAUCCAGUAUGAACGUCGGUUUUCAGAACUCAAUGUUCACAUCCAGGGAAAGCUCCGGCAAACUCGUAAAUACUAUGCUACCUACAAUGCUUUGUUGGAAAUAAAAGAGCUGAUGCUUAAAGAAACAUCCUUAUUAAACUCUUUAAGUUCACAGUUCAAAGACGCGCUUAAUACUCCUGCUGGCCGUGCGCAAUUAACUAGUUCCAUGGAUGGAAUUUCAAAGAGUAUUCAACAGAAACUCCAAAAUGUGCGAGUUACACUGCAAGCAGAGCAAAAAGCUUGUGAAGUUUUGAAGAAAAAGCAUGCUGCAGCGAACUUGGAGAAAAGGCGUUGCUAUUCGUUGUUAAAGGCUUUUCAAGUUCAGCACUUAAUCGUUCAGACCUCUUACUGGUUCAGCACUUAACCAUUCAGAAGUUGCCAAACAGUCCCUAAGUAAACUCGAAAGAAAUUCCAUUAAUUCCGAUGGGUGGAGGGUGAGGGUCAACCGACUCCUUGGUCCUGCCUAGGGGUGCUCGUCGAAUCGAUUUUCGGGUUGUGUAGGUUAUUCGACUCAGGUUCCUCAAGUCGGAAUUCGAAUUAGAACUAGAAAAGCGAUUCUGAUUCGGGUUAAUUCGAACGGAUAAACCCAAUUCGCGUUGAUUUGAACAAACACUACACACACAUAUAUGUGAUGUAGAUAUAAUUCGAAUUUGGAUACCUGGGUUGGCUAUAUGAAACUCACAAACUCGUAAAUCAAUUUGAAAAAAUCACUACUCUUAUGGACCAAAAUCAACGU